UUGGGAAGCGACCUGGUGGUUGUUGUAGCACAUGAGGAAACGCUGUCCUGUGUUUCAGCUGUAAAGUAGAUAAUAAGUAACGCCACAAUGAUUUCUGCAGUUUUAGAUGAACCUGAACUGGGAACAGUCCUCAGUUCCUUUGUUUUAGAUGAUGAUUUACGGCAAGAUGUCAAAGAUAAGCUCCAGUUAUUCUUGCAGAAGUUCACAGAGAGUGCAAGGAGCACAACAAAGCGGGUUAAAGAGCGCUCCCUAGAGGAAGCUUUGCAGAUGCUGAGGAAAAUUUCACCACCACUGCUGCAGUCUCUGACAUCCGAACAUCAUUACCAUCUCGUUCAGCUCCUCCUGUCAUCACAGCUGGAUGCAGUAAACACGUCCACAUCAGCCUGCCGUAAAAUAGACCAGAUGUUGCAACAUCUGGCUCAGGUCAAUGAGUCUUUAGUAUUUGAAGAGGUCCAACAAUGUCUUCACAGACUGCUCCACCAGGAGCAGGUGUUUUCAUUAAAGGACCUUCAAACAGUGUGUAUGUUCCUGGAGGAGAGCACGAUGGGCCGAGAAAGUUUGAGACUAGUGUUUUCAUCUCUGCUGAGUAAAAUCACCACGUUGUUGCCUGAUAUUAUGAAAGAUGACGCAAGAAGAAACGGUGCUGUGUGUUAUCAGACAGUAAAGGUGUGUCUGCAAAUGUUCCAGUUGCUGCCUGAGCAAGUGGUGCCGCUGGUGUUUUCAGAGCAGAAAGACAAGCUGCAUAUGAGGGAGAUUCUGGGAUUCCUUAUGAACAUUAUCUUAGGAGAGAUUUGUAACAGGGACACACGGUUGUUGGCAGGCACUGCUGUGGCCAUGUUGAUCUCCAUAGCACCUGACUGGGAAAGCGGAACUUCAUCAGCCUCGAGUUUACUCCAGGUUACCAGCACAGAGGAGUGUAGUUUGACAGUAGGGCAGCUGCAGGUAGACUGUUUUCCCAGAGGAUGUGAUGGAGUUGACAGACUCAGUGUAGCCAGAGGACUCCUGACCUGCAUGAGGAAGGACAUCCUCGUUCAGCAGAACACUGGCAAGCAGACCUGCCUCCUCCUAGAUGGGUUAUUUCCUCUUGUCUCUGAUUUGCUCAGAGAGAAACUGGAUUAUCACUACCAUGUAUUUCAAGGUGCUCUAAUCUGUAGAAGAAUCGUACAUUAUAAAAAAUGUAUGAUAUAUAACGGCAUGUAUUAUUUUUAUGAAAUUGACAUAUUAACAUUUCUGAUUGCAGUGUUUAUCUUGUGGCUGAAAAGUGUGAAAGAAUGCCUGCCCGAGAUUAGGGAGAUCUCCGGUGCUCCUUUCCUUGGAGAAGGCUCAAACCUAAGAGAAAAGCUCACACAAAUCAUUUGGGACAACGCUGAGAGCCCAGUAGAGGGCGUGUCUGAAUCAGUACGCACUGCCUUCAGUUUGUUUCUGGAGAUUUAUGAGCUGGACUGUCGGUUGUCUGGAGACACUGAGAAACGGCUUUAUGUAAACUCAUUGCACAGGAUUGCUGAGCUGCCGUGGGAGUCCAGGGCCAAAUACUCACCGCUUGGUGCCCUCUUGCCGUACGUGGGUACAGACAAGGUUCUGGAACAGUAUCCUGCUCUUCCAUCUCAUAUCUAUAAGUGCCUCUCCACCAAUCACCUUGCACCUUGUGCCUCUGAGAUCUACAAGUUGCUGCUUCAGGAGCAAAGACAGGAGCUUACAGUUAGUACAGUGGAGGACGCUCCGCCCACUGAGCUCCACCUGGCCAGUCAAUGGGUGCAGCGAUGGCAACCUACAGUCCUGAAAGCUCUGAUCUCUGAUGUGACUCUACUUCAGAAUAAUGCCUCUAGCUACCUCCUGCCCUGCACCCUACGCUGCUUCCCAGAAGUGUUUGACGCACUACUAGCUGCUCUAGACCCUGCUGUCCCAGGGCACCUACGAGCAUGGGUGUGUAUCAUGAGUGCCCAGCGUGCAAAUAGCGGGCGUCUGUCCUGGAAUUCAGAGAGCAACUUUGCCUUGGAAACACUCCAGUUAGCCUUGUCUUCUCUGGACGACAGAGUGCGGUUAGCAGCGUUCGGUCUUAUCUGUUGUAGCCCAAAGUCUAAAGAGCCUCCGUUCGAAGUGGAAUACGCUGCGGUGAGGGAUUUUCUUCCUUUUAAUCUGAACAGCGAGUCGUCUCCGUUUCGUCAGCACCUUCAGGCUGGGGUCAGGAAGUUCCUCGUGCGUAUUCGGGACAGUUGUAUGGCAAGCCUCAAAAGUCAAAAAAGUAAAAGGGGUCUGAGCAAGGAAGAAGAGAAGGAGCUUGAACAAGGAGUAGACUUUAUUGACUGGCUUGGGCAGUUGCCGUUACUCUCCCUGGUUCCUGGGAACAGCUUCCAGAGAAAGAAGACUGCUCUUCUGCUGCUAGCUGCAGUUCUGGAGACCUGCUCAGACUCCUGGAGCCCAGACAGGAAGAAGGGUCAGCCACCAGUUAACAUGUCUGAGCUGAUAAACUGCGCCAGAGAGAGAGGAAAGUGGGAUUUUUACUCCCGGUCAAGACAGUUGGUCCUAAUUGGCUGUUUGGAGGAUGCGACCAAUGAGAUCCGUGAGCAUGCAGCUGAGCUGCUGGUGAGGUUUUUCCCAAAGUCUCUCGAGUCUGAUGUCGCUGCUGCGCUCUUCAGCCGAGCACAGAGACGUCUCCACAGCCCACGUGUUCAGGAGGCCCAGAUGGGGGCGCUGAUGAUCAAACUGCUGCUACAGAAGAGUGUGUCUCUGGAUGGUGUGGUGCCUGAGGCUCUGAAGCAGGAUGAUAUACAGUCAGUCAGGCUGAUCAGACACCUGCUGAAGAGUCUGGAGCAGCAGUACCUAAUCGCCAAACAGGACAUGCUGCUCGCUGCACGCUCCUCACCUCUACAUGGUGCAGUCAGUGCUGUUCACAAGUGUGUGCUGGACUUGCCUGGGGUUUUGGCUGAAGCUGUAGACUGCAGUAUGUUAGCAGAAAUCCUCUCACUGCUGGAAAAGAUCACACUGCUGCUGCUCGGUGUGCUAUACGGAGAUCAGAAUACGGAGGACAAAGAAGUCCCACCUUCAUUCUGUGACAUGGGGAACGCCAUCAGCUCUCUAAUUGGACACAACGGUACAGGGCUUGAUGAUGACGGAGAAGAGAACGUGCUGCUAUCAGAAGAGCACAGUUUGGUCCUGACCUGCUGCUGGGUCACGCUGAAGGAAAUAGGGAUUUUUCUUGGCUCGCUGGUAGAGAGGAUUCUAUCACUCACUCAUAAGGACAGGACACUGCUAACUGUAGAAGAUCUGCAGAAGGCUUCAAAAGUAUUUAAGGACAUUAUUCUCAAAUGUAGGCACUGGGGGGCAGUGGAGGGCUGCUGCAUUGGAUUCACUAAAUUCUGCACUGCCCUUCUUACUAGCUCUGAUCCAAAGCUCAGAGAAAUCCCAAACCACAUUCUACAGCAGGGUCUGUGUGUCCUUCAGACCCCCCGCGGUACGUCAGUGACAAGGCGGGCAGCGGGUUUGCCAAUGCUUAUUCUCGGCGUGUUGGCAGCAGAGGAGAGCAGCACCUCUCACCCACUGCUGGCCCACAGCAUCAGCACACUGCUGGAGACAGCCGGAGCCCCACUGCCCCAGAACUGGGAUCAGACCCUUGACUUGCCCCAGGUGUGCACAGUUCACACAAUUCAGGCAUUGGUGAAAGGCUCCAGUCUGGGCUUCACUAUUCUUCAGUAUGCACCUGAGAUCACCAUGCUGUCGCUCACACUCCUCAGCUCUCCUUGUUGGGCCAUGAGGAAUGCUGCACUGCAGCUUUACAGUUCUCUCUGCUCCAGGAUGUUGGGUCAGAGACCCGCUAGUGAAGAUGUCUCUGCCCAGUAUGGCAUGUCCUCCCCUGCCUUUUUUAAGCAUUAUCCCACAUUAAAGCCUUUCCUCCAAGGGGCAUUAGAAAGAGCAGCCACAGACCUGCAUGAAUCCAGACUGAGCCUUCACCCCUCCCUCUACCCGAUCCUAACCCUGCUGGCCAAGCUGCAGCCUGGAGCUCAGGAGCAAACACAAGCUCUGUCCGACUUCCUGCCUCCGCUGCUCCAGCUAGCCGCUAGCCCGAUAUAUGGCGUGAGAGCGAUGUCAGCCCAAGCCCUGGUUGCUAUGAUACCGCCUACCGAGUAUGUGUCAAGCGUACUGAGCGUGGUGAAGGAGCUGCCUGAGAAGCCGAGUAGCCCAAGCUGUCACAACCGCAUACAUGGCCAACUCCUACAGAUUAAAGCCAUCCUGACCAGAGUCCUUCACACUGACAAUCCUCACGCAUCCUUUCUAUGCGACGUGGUGGAGGCGAUGGAGGCCCGUAUUUGGCUAGCAUCCCAUGAACAAAGGUGCCCUUUGGUGCGGCAGGCAUAUGUGGUGGUGCUGAGGCUGCUGAGGGAGAACUGCUCGAGUGAUUUCCUCUUCAAACUUGGCUCUCUGCUGAUGAAGGAACUACACCGCACUCCGCACACUUUGGAGCUUGGUUCCGCCUCCUUCCACCAAAGUGCUGUGCACUACCUGUGUGAAGACCCUGACUGGGCGUGGCAGGUGUUGCCCCACCUAUCCACUGGGAGUGCAGUUACUCGUCUCUCUUUGGUCAAGUGGGUAAAAGAGGGGCAGGGCUGGAGAGGAAGCCGCCUGCAGCAUGAGCUGGAGAAAGCACUCCAGGCCAGUCUGAAGGAGGCACUCUUUGAUCCAGAUGUCGAGUACAAGGGAGCAUACUUCUCAGCGUUGGUGGAAGUCAUGACCCCAGAUGUGUUGAGUGUAAAUCAGCCUCAGCCUCUCCUAUUCAAGCUUGAGGAGGCAGAGCUGCACGAGUGUGUGCAACUCCUCUUGGAGGAUCUGGAGGGAAGCAGAGGAGGGCCAGAGCUCCUCUCUCAGACCCUGUGUGCUCUGUCUCUGCAACUUUCUCCAAGCACAGACAUGGUCGUACUGCAGCGCUGGUGUGUGUUAUUAGAGAAACACAGGUGUGCUGAGGCUCCUGAAGCUCUGCGAUUGGCCUGUGCUCAGGCUCUGGCUCUGACUGGAGCUGCAGUAGUGAGCAGCAGUGUGAUGGGCAGCACUGUUCUGAAAUCCCUCAGUACCAGGCUAAUCAGUACAGGUGUGCACCUACUGCAGGAUCAGAGUCAGCCAGUAAGAGCCCAGGCGGCCAUCUUUGCUUCUAUCAUCUGCAAGUCUCAAGCAGGAGAUCCCCCACCAAAGUGCUUCCUCAUGCAGAGCAACCAGUCACUGCGUAUGCUGCUGGACCUCCUGCUGGGGGAAUUCUGGGAUAGUGAGGGCACUUUGGAGGCUUUGGUGUGCCAUUUGCCAGAUUGGGAUCUCAGAACUGUACUUGAGCAGGCCAAGCUCACACAACGCAGCAGUCUGUAUGAGCAGGACGAGGCAAACAUGUUUUUGGAGCCCUCUGUGAUUUCGGAGACCAUGCUGCCGUAUUUGCUUUGCCUGGCAAAACGAUACCCAGAAUCCUCUGUUCUUGCCAAGCUUCUUGAUCAGUGGGAACAAGAAAAUACAGUAUCUGUCAGAGAGAACCUCAGCAUCUGUGCCAAGCUUCAUUUAGGUGACACCCUGGAUCCUGAUUGGCUGAGUGUGCUAAUGGAGUCACGUGUCAAUGGCACUCUUUGUGGGCUGUACGCCAAGGCUGCCUUUCUGCUGCAGUUGUACAGCGUUUCCAAUAAACCACGACCCUUGGUUGACCCUUCAAUCUUGGAGCAGGACUUGCUGGAUUUACACAAACGGCUUAGACUACAUGGAGUUUAUAUCCCAGACAGUUUUAUUAAUGCAAUCGGAACAGAACGAGUGUAAACCCAUGCAAGGGGAUUUGAGGUUGUAGUAUUGUUGUUUUUGCUCCUUUGAGGUUUUAUAGUGACUAUGGGUUUAUACCAUUAGCUACUUAUUAGCUACCUCCCUUCCAGAUAAAGUCCAAGAACAGUGAUGGACGAGUCAGUGUUACGUUGACUUGUUAAUGUUGAUGUGGUUCUGAAUAGCAGGAAAUAUCGCUCUACUUCUUUCAGACGGAGUUGUGUGAGAAGGAUUAGGACGAUUUGAAGAGUUGGAGCCGGAUCGCAUUACAGUGGGCACAGGCCAGGAUAACUGGCUUUUUUUCAAUUUUAUUUUAAUACUGAGAUAAGCCUAUAUUCUGUCAUUCUGUCACAUUUUUACAUUUUUAUUCACCGAGUUAUAUUACAGGCUUUAGUGUGUGUGUGUGUGUGUGUGUGUAUAUGUGUGUUUGUGUCUUGCCUGUUCAUUUUUGGCAGCACCUACACACCAUGGGAAAGUACCAGAGACUGACAAAGGAUGAUUGAUAUCUUAAAUGUUUUAAAAAGUAUAUAAUUACAUAGAAAAGACUGAGAUGGAUCAAGCAAGUUUCUUCCUUUCAGACCCUGAUAUGAGCUCCACCCCCCACAAAUUGUUUUACAAUGUACAAACUGCUCCUUUAAUUAUUUCUUAAUUAUAUACUAUAACGCCAUGUUCCGCAACCAGGAAGUUGAUUUUUUUUUAACACUGUUUAUUUAUAACUUGUUGAUAUCUGAUUGUAUUGACGUGUAAAGAUAAUUAGUUGAAUAAAUUUUGAUUUUUUUUUUAACAUGUA